GUACAUUAUUGAUAGAUGGUUGUAGGUCACAUACCAGUGGUGUUCUGAAAAGUAAAUGGGUGUGAAAAUUUCCUGAAAUGGCAUGAAAGAUUAGACAGGACCAAAGGAACUCACUGAAUUUGGUUUGAUGUUUAUUGGCUUGGAAAUGAAGGAGUUACUGCAAUAUUGAUACACUGUUAUAUACAUAUACAAGUGGUGUUUUGGUGACGGCAUUGCACUUUUACGACGAUCCCCAAGUUUAGCACAGUGUAGCAAAACCACGUGUAAGUCACUUGAGUUGUAACUUAUGAUUUGUCUGUAUUUACAACCCUUAGGGCAAAAUACUUAGACUUUUUAGCCAUUAGUACUCAUGCACGCUCUUACAGAUUUGUUUACACAUGUACACCUAUCAAUAUACUUCCAAAUCUAAUUACACAUUUACAGAUUCCAGUACACAUUUACACAUCUUAGUAGGCAUUUACCAAUUCUUCUACACAUUUACAAAUGUGAUUACGUACACACCAAUUGAGACAGUCACACAAAUACCCAGACACAUUUGCAAAUAGUUUUGCUACAAUAGUUGCCCCACAAAAAUCCGCUAACGUCAAGAUGAGUGUGCAAUUUUGCUCACUGGGAGCCGUAUCGCGGCCAAACAGCUUCCUUUGCCCAACGUUGCUGGAUUCACGUUUUCACAGCAGCCGAAGGAUCAAUCAGUGUCAUUUUUCAUUAACGGAAAAUAGCUUCUGAUGGCGUCCGGAUCGAUCCCGGAGCAGUUACUGAUGAACGAUGAGUUGAUCCGGAGCUUAAUCGAGGUGGCCAAGGACACGGCGCUGCUGCACGGGGUUUUGAUGCGAACCACGGAAAGCCCUAAUUUCCCAGAGGUGGUGACUCACGCGCCAUUCACGCUCUUCCCGUCCCCGGUCCCCAAAGGCCUCUUUGAGCAGGCACUUAAAGUCCAGACCCUCUUCAACCAGUUAGUGGACAGAAUUAGCCAGGAUCCCUGUUUCCUGGAGGAAGCCCUUGCCAGCACGAUCAAAGUAGACAAAUUCACGGCAAGGCUGUUCGACAUUUACAGACACGUGCUGAAAGAAGGUCGAUCACAGUCGAUUGUCCUGGGCUUGAAUCGCUCCGACUACAUGGUGGACCAGCGGCCGGAUGGGAGUACCUCAUUGAAACAGAUCGAAAUCAACACCAUCGCUGCCAGCUUUGGAGGGCUGUCUUCACAAACCCCAGCUGUCCACAGGCACAUCCUGAAGGUCGCGGGUCUACUGGAGGAGCAGAAGAAGGUCCUGAACAAUGACCCAGCAGCAGGGCUGGCUGCUGCUCUAGCCAAGGCCUGGCAAUUGUACGGGUCUGAGAGGGCUGUGGUUAUGUUUCUGGUUGAGGAUGUCCAGACGAAUAUCUAUGAUCAUCGAUAUAUAGAGAACGAGUUGUGGAGGAGGAACAUUCCAGUCAUACGGCGGAGGUUCGAUGAUGUGUUUGACACCGGAUCACUAGAUUCGGACAAACGACUGUUUGUGGGCAGUCAGGAGGUUGCGAUCGUUUAUUUCCGCAAUGGCUACAUGCCUCAGAACUACACAGAACAGAGCUGGGAGGCACGGCUCAUGAUGGAGCGUUCCAAGGCUGUUAAAUGCCCAGACAUAAGCACCCACCUGGCCGGCACCAAGAAGGUCCAGCAGGUACUGACCCAGCCUGGAGUUCUGGAGAAGUUCUUUCCUGAUGACCCAGAGGCUGUCACCCAAAUCCGAGCUACCUUUGCAGGCCUGUAUACCCUGGACAUGGGUGCAGAGGGAGAGAAGACGGUGGCCAUGGCCUUGGAGAAGCCUGACCAGUUUGUCCUGAAACCACAAAGAGAGGGUGGAGGAAAUAACGUCUAUGGUGCAGAUAUCUGCCGGGUGUUGGAGAAGGUAAAGGGUGGAUCGGAGAGGAUGGCCUAUAUCCUAAUGGAUAAGAUUUUCCCACAGCCAGUCCAGAACUACCUACUGCGACAGGGCACCCCAGUGAAACUCAGUACCUGUAUAAGUGAACUUGGUGCCUUUGGAGCCUAUGUCAGGCAAGGGACGGAGAUGCUGCUGAACGAGUGUGUUGGGCACCUGCUCCGGACCAAGAGCAUCGAACACGCGGACGGAGGGGUAGCCGCGGGUGUGGCUGUGCUGGACAAUCCUCUUCUAUUCUGAGGGUCUUCUACCCAGUGACAUACGAAAAGGUUAUGGACCAGAAAUCACUUGAGGUGCUCUAUUGGUGACUUGUGAUCAGUGGCAUUUUAUGGUCGUAGUGGCAAACAAACAAACAAUCAAACAAACAAACAAAUACAUAAAUAAACAAACCAAUCCGUUUUACUUUGGCCGCCUUAAUUAGCUACUGUGGAGCACUAUUGGUGCAAUUUGAAAAUCUGAAAAUUGUCAUCUUAGAAAGUUUGAAUAAUUAUGAAGAAUUUAUUAGAGAUUUUUAUAUCAAAAUUAUUGGUAUGUAGGUUAUAUGAUCGGAAUUGUGUGAUUUAUAUUUUUUAGAAUCCUCACUGAAUAUAUAAAAGCUAUUCUACCAAUAAUGUUGACAUAGUUGGCAGAUGUUGAAUUUUCCCUUGUGAUGAUGUGUUGAAAUAUUAAUAACUUUUAAUAAUGAAGUUCCAUCAUCCUGUCUUGUAAAAUCCCACAGUUUUAGAAUGUGAGGAAAAAAUAAAUUAUUCUUUAAAGAUCUCCUUCUCGUUUGAUUUUGUUAUGGAUCUUUAUUCAUCCUCAGCUUCAGUUCUGUAACAACAUUUGUAACACUUCAUUAGCAACUUUCUGUAAUUCAUUAAUAGCAGCUUUUCUGUAAGUCAAUAACUAUUACAUAGCACUGAACAGAUUUAGUUCAUGUACAUUCAAGUACUUAUGUUGUCAAAUAAUUCGUAUUAGAUCACAUAUUUUUAAACUUAAAUGAUUUAAGAAAUGCCAACUAAAGUACUUUUCAGUAAUGCAUUGUGCAUGUUCACCACUCAAUCAUUAAUAUCUGACUAACUAAAUGGACAUCCCCACGUGUCAAUUCCCCAUUUCAUUUACCAUAAGGUUCUUGUGCAUGGGUUAUAGAGACUAAAAACCACCAAAUUUAUAAUUUUCUUCUGCUUUGUAAGACAGAAUGAAAUUAGGCUUGACCUUUACGCACUGAGAUGUCUGCAUUCUCUAAAUCUUUUCACAGUAUUAUGUACUUUAGGUGUUGCAAGACCUAAAUUCUCUGCAAUAUUGCAUUCACGAAUGUUCCUUUUCAAGUGACUAACAAUUCUCUCACAAAUUUUGGCACAAAGGGGUGAGCCACGACCCAUCUUUGCUUGCAAAGGCUGAGCCUUUGAUGGGACCUCCUUUCACUCAGUCAUCAUACCUCACCGGCUACCAAUUAGCCUGCUUAAUGUGGAGUCUUCCAAACCUGUUACUGGAAUAUUCUGUGCACUUAUUUUAACUCUGUCCCAACUUUUGUUGAGAAUGUUGUAGCCGUCAAAUUCUAAUUCUGCAUAUAUUUUCAAAAUACGAUUAAGUUGGUCAGUACAACUAUUCAAAAACAAUUUUUUUACUUUUGUCAUUUAAAUAAAGGUUCCCCGUGAA